AUGUGUAGUAACAACGGGACCUGUAACCCCAUCGAUGGCUCCUGUCAGUGUUACCCAGGAUGGAUCGGAGAGGACUGCUCUAAGGGUUGUAGUUCAGGGUUCUUUGGUACCGACUGCUCCGAGGCGUGUGUGUACGGAGGUUGUAGUUCAGGGUUCUUUGGUACCGACUGCUCCGAGGUGUGUCGGUGUCAGAACGGAGCGGACUGUGACCACAUCACUGGUCAGUGCUCCUGUCGGACUGGAUUCAUCGGACACAGCUGUGAACUCAAGUGUCGUCCCGGUACGUUUGGCUACGGCUGUCAGCAGCUGUGUGUGUGUAUGAACAACGCCACCUGUGACUAUGUGACUGGAACCUGCUACUGCAGCAUCGGAUACAAAGGCAUCCGCUGUGACCAGGCUGCCCUGAUGAUGGAGGAGCUGAAUCCUUACACUAAGAUCAGCCCGGCCUUGGCAUCAGAGCGCCAGUCAGCGGGGGCUGUCAUGGGCAUCAUCUUCCUCCUCCUCUUCAUCAUGACCGUGUUGGGGGUGGUGGUGUGGUGGCGGCAUCACCAGAGAGAGAAAGGAGGGCAGCACAUGCCCAGUGUGUCCUACAGCCCUGCCCUGAGGAUCAGCAGUCAGGGUUACUCCCUCUCUGACUACAUGAAGGGUUCCCUGUCCAGCACCUGCUCUCUGAACAGUGAGAACCCCUACGCCACCAUCAAUGACCCGCUGGCCGUGGCCGUGGCCUGUAAACACUCAGAGAGCAGCUAUGUAGAGAUGAAGAGUCCUGUCCACCACGAGAUGUCCUACUGCUCCUCUGCUAUAGUCACCACCACCGCCAGCAAGAACGUCUAUGACGUUGGUGAGUUAUAGAUAUAUAGUUAUGUAGAUGUCCUACUGCUCCUCUGCUAUAGUCACCACCACCGCCAGCAAGAACGUCUAUGACGUUGGUGAGUUAUAGAUAUAUAGUUAUGUAGAUGUCCUACUGCUCCUCUGCUAUAGUCACCACCACCGCCAGCAAGAACGUCUAUGACGUUGGUGAGUUAUAGAUAUAUAGUUAUGUAGAUGUCCUACUGCUCCUCUGCUAUAGUCACCACCACCGCCAGCAAGAACGUCUAUGACGUUGGUGAGUUAUAGAUAUAUAGUUAUGUAGAUGUCCUACUGCUCCUCUGCUAUAGUCACCACCACCGCCAGCAAGAACGUCUAUGACGUUGGUGAGUUAUAGAUAUAUAGUUAUGUAGAUGUCCUACUGCUCCUCUGCUAUAGUCACCACCACCGCCAGCAAGAACGUCUAUGACGUUGGUGAGUUAUAGAUAUAUAGUUAUGUAGAUGUCCUACUGCUCCUCUGCUAUAGUCACCACCACCGCCAGCAAGAACGUCUAUGACGUUGAACCCAAGGUGAGUGUUCUCCAGGGCUGUAAUGGUGUGGUGGUUCCCACGUACCCUCAGAACCCGUACGACCUCCCCAGGAACAGCCACAUCCCCAGACACUACGACCUGCUGCCCCUGAGACACAGCCAGAGCUACAGCCCUACACACAGCCAGGGCCACAGCUACCAGAGCCACAGCCCACCCCUGCCCGGCAGCCCUACCAGCUCCCUGCUAUAGACAGACCACUCCCUAACGCUGGGCUGCGACCUUAGACCUAUGACUUACUAUUGGGGCACAGUCUGCUCCACCUGGGGUUGCGGAUAAAGACUGUAUUGUGACUAUAGAGAUAAAGUACCAGUACAACAUCAGUGUUGUGGACAUACUAGAUGAUAUACCAACAGAAGCUCUGUGUGGACUCUGCUGUGUGAGGCUGGAUAAAGCAUACUGAAAGUGUAAUAUAUUAGAGCUAUUUGAAGUGUCUGAGGAAGACACUGGGAAGUCAUAUACCUACUGGAGAUGUGUGGUACCCUCUUUGUUUACACUCUGGCUCGGUGGAGGACACACACACAUCCUAGGGAAGGAAGGAAGGAAAGACACACGCACACAUACACACUAUGAAAGACCAGUGGAGUCAUGAACACAAAAGAUCAUGGACCGCUAUAUAGUCAUGCCUGGCUCAAUGAUUCUAUUCCAUGCCUGGAUUGGGUGACCAGAGAAGCAUCCAGGCUGCCCCUAGAGGAGUCAAACCACCAGGAACCAACCAGGCUGCCCUAGAGGAGGACAAACCACCAGGAACCAACCAGGCUGCCCUAGAGGAGGACAAACCACCAGGAACCAACCAGGCUGCCCUAGAGGAGGACAAACCACCAGGAACCAACCAGGCUGCCCUAGAGGAGGACAAACCACCAGGAACCAACCAGGCUGCCCUAGAGGAGGACAAACCAUCAGGAACCAACCAGGCUGCCCCUAGAGGAGUCAAACCACCAGGAACCAACCAGGCUGCCCCUAGAGGAGGACAAACCACCAGGAACCAACCAGGCUGCCCCUAGAGGAGGACAAACCACCAGGAACCAACCAGGCUGCCCCUAGAGGAGUCAAACCACCAGGAACCAACCAGGCUGCCCCUAGAGGAGGACAAACCACCAGGAACCAACCAGGCUGCCCUAGAGGAGUCAAACCACCAGGAACCAACCAGGCUGCCCCUAGAGGAGUCAAACCACCAGGAACCAACCAGGCUGCCCCUAGAGGAGGACAAACCACCAGGAACCAACCAGGCUGCCCCUAGAGGAGGACAAACCACCAGGAACCAACCAGGCUGCCCCAUAGAGGAGUCAAACCACCAGGAACCAACCAGGCUGCCCCUAGAGGAGGACAAACCACCAGGAACCAACCAGGCUGCCCCAUAGAGGAGUCAAACCACCAGGAACCAACCAGGCUGCCCCUAGAGGAGUCAAACCACCAGGAACCAACCAGGCUGCCCCUAGAGGAGGACAAACCACCAGGAACCAACCAGGCUGCCCCUAGAGGAGGACAAACCACCAGGAACCAACCAGGCUGCCCCUAGAGGAGUCAAACCACCAGGAACCAACCAGGCUGCCCCUAGAGGAGGACAAACCACCAGGAACCAACCAGGCUGCCCCUAUAGAAAGAGAAACCAACAACUGUCUCAGAUGAGACCAGCUUGGAGCAUCAUCAAAAGGGCAUUAGAUCUGCCUAUCUAUCAGACAGUGGACUGGAGAAGUAAUACGAGACAGUCAUUACAGGACCUGAAUGGGGACUGACUGGGCUUGGAUUCCCUGUUCUAUUGUAUAUUGAUAUCGCCAGCAACACAGCUAACACUCAUAUAACUGCAGAUGAAGGAGAAAAGACAAUAACAGUUCCUAGACAAACCAGGAUUGUAUUAAUUAGGCACCGACGUCUUUGAAAGAAGACAACGGACUGAAACAGGGAGGCACUACCUUUUCAUUUUCCAUUGCAAAACGUUUUUCUACGGUGUACACUAAU